GACAUAGUGAGUAGCUCAGGCUGGCUGGUAGGCAAUAGCCUUAUAUCUACAUCUAUUUUUAAUGUUUCUCUUUUGUAUGACUUAAGCUUGUCACAUUUGCAUCUAACAAGUUAAUUUUCAGCUUACGAGAAAAACAUGUAUCAUUUGAUAAUCAUCUGUGUCUAAAAGAAAUGUUUUGGCCAAUUUGUUUUCAUUCAACAUAUACAUUUCCUAUUGUCAAAUUUGUGUUAUCUUAAAAGAUUCUUAAUAAAACCAACAAUAUCAGGAAAGUAACAAAGUACCUGGUAAAAUAAAUACUUUCACCUUAGGUAUGAAUCCGCCACACAAUGACCAAGUCUGCAGCACAUGGGGUAACUUCCACUACAAGAACUUUGAUGGAGACAUCUUUCAGUUCCCUGGCUCCUGCAACUACCUGUUUGCCUCCAACUGCAAAAAUAACUAUGAAGAUUUCAAUAUUCAGAUAAGACGAACUGCAGAGAAUACCACCAUUUCAUAUGUGAUCAUGAAGAUUGAGGGACUUGUCAUUGAAAUGAAAAAAGGAAACGUCUCUGUGGGAGAUGAGCAGUAAGUCUAGCAUUGAAGGAACCACUGUUGUAUUAAAGACUUCUAAGGCUCCACCUGGAUUGCCAAAAAGAGGUCUCUUUAUAGAAAUCACCAGAUUUGUUGAAAGGUUUUUUGUUUAUUGGAAAAUUAGAUGGCAUAUCAUAGCAGCACAAAUUAUUUAACUAAAAUUAUAUAGACUCAAUAAAAAAAUGUGAUAAUGGCCUGACAAGGAAAAAAAUACAGCAAUCUCUGGUAUAUUGUGUCCCACUUAGAGAUAGAUAAUAUGUCCCCAAACCAGGUGGCAUUAUACACCAAUAUAAUAAUAUAGAAAUACAAAUACUAGUUAGGAAAUGCAUGGGCAUUUCUAGAUACAGUAAUUGCAAUUUUGUAGAUAUUUUUUUAAAAGCCCUGGAUGCUUUCUUUUGAAAAUAACAAAACAAAAGAAUAUUCAAGAAUAAAAUUAAUAGAUUUGUGCAAAAAUGUAUUCCAGCCUGUACCAACAAGCUAAAUGCCUUUUAAUCUAUAUCCAGAGAAAUCAAUUAAUCUGAGAUUUACCUGUGUAUUUAAAGAAUAAGUGAAUCUCUAACUAGUCGACUUAUCCAGAUAUGGAUUAAAAUGCGUUUGCCAGAACCAAUAUUUUACAAAGGUCUAAUAAUUUGCUUGUAUUUGAACAGGUUGUUGAUCUGAAAUCCGAUAAUCAUUAUGGAGUCAAGAAUGAUUUUUCCCCUUUUUUUGGGAUAAUUGUCCAUCACUCCAGAUUGGAUUUUUGUCUUGUUCAGGAUCAACAGCAUAAAAAUAUAUGUUUUAAACAUUGAGCUUCAUGCAGUGCAAUCUUUUAUUCAAAGUUAUUAUGUAAGUAUGCUACUAAAUCUACUACCUUUUGUAUUUUCCAGAGUCACUCUUCCAUACAGUCAGUUCGGGGUACAAAUACAACAGAACAGUGUAUAUGUGAAGGUCACUGCUAAACUUGGACUGGUCAUCAUGUGGAAUGAAGAUGAUGCCCUCAUGGUGAGAUGGAAUGGGUUUUGCACCUUGAGUUCUUUGACACAAGGGUGUUUUAGCCCAAAUUACUUGUUAUUGAUUAACCCACUACAUCUAGUUUCCAAUUAAUGAACAUCUACUCAUGGGGUUAUAUAUAAAAGCUGUCUGUUUUGAAAAUGGGGAGAGUCACCAAAGCAAUGUGACUGCUAGUUUGCCAUGGUGACUCUCUCAAUUUUCAGAACACAAUGUUUUAUACAUGGCUUGCAACAUUUCUCCCAUCCCUACAAAUAUUCAUAGUAAUCUCUUAUUUCUAGCUGGUCCUGCCCUCCAAAUACAACGGCAGCACAUGUGGGUUAUGUGGAAAUAUGAAUGGGUUGAAGCAAGAUGAAUUCAUUAUUAAUGGUGAGUUUUCCAUGUUUACAUGUGCCAACAGUUAAGUUCGUGCUGACAUUCAGCAAGAUGAGCUAAUUAGAGCUCUUUACCUAUAAUAUCAGAGAAAACAAAAUACAAAAAGUCGUUUGAAAUUUCAAUGGUGAUAUUUCUUUGUAUUCUUGUAGAUAUUCCACUGACCCCUCUGCAAUUUGGAAAUCUUCAAAAACUGGAUGGACCAACAGAACUAUGUGAAGAUAUUAAUCCAGGUGCCCCUAAAAACUGCAGUGACCUGGUAAGAUGUCAACAUUAUAAUGCCCAUUAUCUUCUUGGGUCAGUAGUGAGCUUUAAAUUCAUAAUACAUUUCCAUAAAUCUUUUGGCAAUUAGAGAGCACUAUUUCAAGCCAGUUCCAGUCAGCAAUGUGUCCUGACUGCGUCAUCUAAUUAAUUGGAAGGUAGACAACAAAAUAGGACAGCAAGAGAACAGCCAAGUUGCGAGUUUUGAGAGAGUUACACCAUAUUAGCUAUUGUCAAAAUUAUGGGAUUCAGUUUUCGAUUCACUACAGUUCGUUGUUUAGUGGAUAAAUGCAUGUUAAAAUAUGCAUUUUUUUUUCAAUCAGCACAAGUUUUCUUCUUCCUUGUAAAUGUGGGGCUUGGCUGUGGGUGACCAGGGACUCUCAUUUAGUUUAACACUGCUCAAAGAUGGUUUAACACUGAGUGGUGGGACAGCACUAGAGGACUACAUGAACUAUAACCAAUUUAAUGGGAUGAAAUGGUUAUAGUGCAUACAGUAUUUCUUUUUAAAAAUGCAACAUAUACUUAAACAAUAAUAUUUAAAUACCAAAGUAGUUAAAAUAUCCAAUUGCUGAAACUUCAGUUGUCAAUUAAAGAUAGAAAAUAUAAAUAAAAUAAAAGAGGGAUGGACGGGGACUCUCCUUUUCUGUAGAUUAGUAAAGUAAUAGUUUCUACUAAAUAAGAAAUAUGCUAUUUCUAUUUUUUUAUUUUUAAUUGUGACUAUUUUUUAAAAAAUGAAUUGAAAAUAACCAAAAUGUUUUAACGACACAAAGAUUUGACAAAUGAAAGGGUGCUAGAGUUCUAUUACCAGAGUGGCCAAAGUCUAUAGCACAUCUCCCUCCAUCUUGACAGGAAACAGGAAAUGUUUUAAUUCAUGUCUGAAGCAUUUCAUUUAUGUCCUAUAUCAAUAUUCUACUCUUAAUCCCACAAGCUACUAUGUUAUAAAGACAUAUUCUAUUUUAUAAUAGAAUAAAAGAGUAAUCAUCAAAUCUCGCUCCAACAGCAAGAAACAUGCUUUAGAAUGCUCACCAGUCCAGCCUUCAUUGACUGUAACCAACGACUCCCAGUAGAUCCAUAUGUGGCUUCCUGCAUGUUGGAUCUGUGCAGCUGCACAACUUCUUUUGAUGCCUCCUGUUUCUGUGACACUCUGGCUGAGUACUCACGUCAGUGCGCCCAUGCUGGUGGCAGACCCCAAAAUUGGCGAAAGAAUACUGUUUGUGGUAAAUACCCUCUGACAGCUAGUACAGCUGAUAACAUAUUUAUUGGAAGUGUGAAAAUUGAUGACUUUGCAUUCUCCAUUAAUUAAUGAUGUUUUUUUUUUUAUUUUGGUAGGAGCCAAAUGUCCAUUGAAUAUGGAAUAUAUGGAAUGUGGGUCACCGUGUACGGACACCUGCUCUAAUCCUGACAGGGCACUGGUUUGUGAAGAACAUUGUAUCGAUGGAUGCUUUUGUCCUCCAGGUAACCUACCUAUUCAUCUGAAAAUAGAACCAAAUAGGGGUUAUCUUUAACUUUAAGAAAAUAUAAUUCUACAUUAUAUAGUUUAAGGAAAAGAAUUAAGGAAGAAAUACUGUGAUCCCUUGUUUAAGUCUUCUGAUUAAAUAUUCAUUCUUUAUGUUUGAUCCACAAGUAAUAUAUCAUUUUCUUAAAGGAACUGUAUUGGAUGAUGUUGACAACAGAGGAUGUGUCCCACAAAGUGAAUGCUCUUGUACACAUAACAACCAGAAGUACGCACCAGGAGAAUCCUACAGCACCAACUGCCGCACCUGGUAAGUAGCAAAUUCCAUUUGCCCAAUAUUUUCGUCUUACGUUAUUUCUCUCUGUCUUGAUGUAUCCCUGUUACAGCCUCGCAGCCACCAUUAUAAGUAAUUUAUCCCUCAGCUGUCCUUCGAUCAACAUAUUAUGCAUUCCUCCCAAAUCCAAUCUUGUUAACAUUAGCAGGUUGUGUUUUAUCUUGUCUUCCUGCUUUUGAAAGUCUUGCUUUUCCUACUACUUUGAGAUAUGUACAGGAUGGCAUUUCAUUAUAUGAUCCCAUACUUCCUCUGAUGUUUUAUUGUUGAUGUCAGUGCAUUUUUUCUAUAUCAGUACCUGUACAGGAGGUCAGUGGAGCUGCACAGACUUUGACUGUCCUGGACAUUGUUCUCUGGAAGGAGGUUCUCAUUUCAACACCUAUGAUGGAGGUCACUUCACCUUCCAUGGGGACUGUAGUUAUAUAUUUACUAAGGUGAGAAUUUUCAACUCAUAAAUUGCCAAGACCCUGACAGAGAAGGAAGAAGACCACCACCCAUUAUUAACUUUGACACUUUGACAUGUUUUCUUAUCAGGACUGUGACACAAACACAUUCACUGUCCUGGCCGAUUUGCGGAGAUGUGGUGUCACUGACACAGAGACCUGCCUGAAGAGCAUUACCCUGUCUCUGGAAAAUGGAACCACUGUGAGUCAAAAGUCACUUUAUUAACUAUAACAGAAUUGUAAGAUAAGAUUGAUGUAUUUAAUAAGAAAAAUUUAAAUACUGAGCAUCUCUCUAUAUUGUUAUAGUUUUCUGUAUCUCUUUUUUUAAUAGGUUGUCACUGUAAAAUCAACUGGUACAGUUCUCCUGAAUGGCAUCUAUGCUCAAUUACCACUGGCUACAGGUACAGUACUAUAUAAUUAUAUACAGUAUUAGUAUAAAUGAUAUAUAAAUACUAUAUAAUAAAGGAAGAUGAAAAUACAAAUCAACAAAUGAAUAAUUAGCAUUGGUAUUGGGUAUUUAUCUUAGCUUGAAUGUUACAGUUCCAUAGUUCUUUAUAUGAUUAAAAAGUCUUCCCCAGGAUAAAGAGGGGGUAGGUGAACUUGGAAACCCUAGCAAAGAAUGAAACAUUGUAAAAGGUACAGGCAAUGAUUAGCAAAUGGCCCUAAAGCAGGGUGGUCUGACUUUGGCCAAUCAGCUUUUGUCUGCUUUUUUGUGUCAUAAUUGCCUUUAUACCUUUAUUAUAAUGAGAUGUCCAUUCCUAAUUUACAGAUGAAACAAGGACAUGUACAGUGUUUCAGUUCUGGAGGGUAGUACUUAACUAAUUGUAAUAAUUAGAUUGACCUAUUAACCUGUUGCCAAAUCAUUUCUAGCUUUCAAAGAAACAGACAUGAUUACAUAUUUUCUGCAUAAGAAACUCUAACUUCUUAGUUCAUAACCUUAUUUAACACUAAAGUAACUUGGUUAGUGCUUAUAUAGUGCUGGUAGUGUGCUUGGUUCUGCGCUGAACGUCACAGUUACUACUCAUUGCUACAUUUUUCUCAUUAUCCAAUUAUCACAUUUUGUUUUUCAGAAAGCGUUAUUGUGUUCCAGCCAUCCUCAUUCUACCUGAUUAUUCACAGCAUUAAUGGCUUACAGAUUGAAGUUCAAUUGGUCCCACUAAUGCAGAUCUUCGUCACUCUGGAUCAUAACUUUCUCGGUGCAACAUGCGGUAAAUAAAUACUCCUACCCUUAGAGAUAUAUGACUAGAAUAAGCGAUGCAUCUUCCUAAUUGUAAUUAUCUCUAAGCAUUUCACAGGAACACUUAAGGCCUCCUGAUACUUUGCGGCAUCAAGAUCUUGUAACAAAUGUAGAAUACUCAUAGACAUGUCAUCAAUUUCCACUUGAAUAAAAGAGAGGGCUACAAAGUCUAUUAGAUUAACUUUGUAGAGGUAAUAAGCCAUAGAUACCAUGUAACGUCAAAAACAUGAACUUUAAAGGGACACAGAGAACGUGUAGCUUUAACAUAUUUAGCAAUUUGUAUUUACUGGCCUUCUAUUAUUAUAAUGCAAAAUAAAAUAAUAAGCACUUCUUUUGUUUUUGAUGAUAGGUCUCUGCGGAAAUUUUAACAAUAUUCGUACAGAUGAUUUUCGAUCUCUAAGUGGUGUAUUGGAAGGUACAGCUGCAGCAUUUGCCAACACAUGGAAGAGUCAAGCAGAUUGUGACGAUAUAAAGGACAGCUAUGAAGAUCCAUGUACACUCAGCAUUGCAAAUGGUACGGAGGCUUUCAGAUCAAUUAUCGUGCAUUGACCUAGGCUCACUGAGAAAUGCUGCAAGACGCAUUGUCUUUAUAAACUGCAUUAGUGUAUGACAAUUCAUCAUGUUACAGAAACUUACCGUUUUCACAAUACACUUUUUUCACAACCCCUUUUGUUUCACUUAAGUAUUUUAGAAGUAUUGAUUUUAUUCAUUCCCAAUUCCCGUUUACUGAAACACUUCCUUUCCACUAGAACUAAGAAACCAAAAAUGUUUUUCAUUUUUUCUGCAAAUAGAAAAAGUAAAGAUUAUUGUGUCUUAUUUAUUCAUACUUAACAUGUUUACAUAUCUGUAAAUAUAUUGUGUUGCCAUUUAAAUAUGUUCAACACAUACUGUCUGCCAUUUUUUCUAACAGAGAAGUAUGCUCGCUACUGGUGCUCCUUGCUCUUAGACCCCAAAGGACCCUUUUCUCCCUGCCACGACACAGUGAACCCAAAGGUCUAUGUAAAGGUGGGUGACAUAUCCUUUUUCUGCCACUGAAUAAUAAUGAAUAAGGAACUUGAACUUAAACUUAACUCAAUUGGAUAUGUGGUAUCUCUGAUGUACGUUUAAAUAAUUUCUCUUUGUAACACUGAGCACUGUAUUGUUCUGUAUUUUCUACACAGAAUUGUAUUUUUGACAGCUGUAAUUAUGAGAAGAGUGACGACAGUGUCUGCGCAGCUUUUUCAUCCUAUGUCCGAGCAUGUGCUGCUGAGGGGAUCACAUUGGUUGAGUGGAGAGGUCAAAUCUGUGGUGAGUUAUAGGGUUAUUUCCAUAAUUUUCCACAGCACUUACACGAUACAGGAAAUUGUGCAUCUAAAGUACAUGAUACAUAUCACUGCUCACAGAUCCCUAUUUUACUGUAUAAAUGCAUUUGUUGAGAAAUCUUCAUAUUGCAGGAUUCCUUAAUUUCAUUUUAUGCGAUUCUUGCUUCCUCAAUACAUUUUUAUCCCCAACCAUAACACAUCUAUAGAUGGCACUUUGAGUGUGUUCAUUGUAAUGCCCUAACUGAUUUCUUCACCUGUAAAAAUGUGCUCAUUGAGGUUUUUUUUACAUAGCUACUUUUAUUUCAAAUAGUUUUAAGUUGCUGAUCCACCAGUUUUAAGUUUGACGCUGAGAGACAUAUCUCAGAGGCAACCAUGAAACAAUUUAGCUGAUACAUUUUAGUAAGUUGACCAUUGUUAGCCACUGUUGCAAGCAGAACCUGAAUAUCUAUAUUUCCUUGUAGAUAAAUAUACUCAGAAUUGUCCCAAGAACUCUACCUACCAGUACACUAUAAGCUCUUGCCAGAAAACUUGUCGCUCGCUUAGUGAACCUGACCCAACUUGUGCUGUCAAGUACAAUCCCCUGGACGGCUGUGGGUGUCCCGAUGGAACAUUUUUAGAUGAAAGUGGAACCUGUGUAUCGGCCAAAGAUUGUCCCUGCUUCUACAAGGGAUCAGCAAUGCCUGCUGGAGAGGUCAUCUUUGACAAUGGAGCCAUGUGGUAAGCAACAGAACAGUUUUAAAAUGAAUAAGCUAAUAAUAAAAAAAGGUCAAUAGAUGCAUUUUUACAUGAUUUGGCGUCCAUGGCUGGGUCAUGGGGAAUAGGUAUAUGUGGAAGAGCUUUUAUACCGGUAUGUUAUUCCUAACUAAGUGUAUGACUUGUACUACCUCUGCAAACUCCCUUCUAGUAGGGCUUUUUAUUAACCCUUUCUUUUUUAAAGUAAAAUGUCUCAGCUCUGAUACCAUUGCUGAUGUUGUUGAGUUUUGUUAUACAUUGUCAAUUUACAUAAAGAUUUUAGAAAGGUCAGUGUGACCUGCAACAGCUCCUAGAUGUCACAAUAACUCAAUUACAAAACUAUGCUGUUCACCUGAUCUCAAGUUCUUUGUAAGUUCAAAAGAAAAGGUUAUGACUGGUUAAGAUGAGUCUUGGUUAACCUGCUAUAUACAAGAACAUAAACGCUACCCUCUUUUGUAUCUGUAUAGUUUUCCCUACCAUCUCCAAUAGAGAGUGUUCUGAUUAUUGAGAACAUGCUGUGUCUUUGGCUUUAACCAAAUUCAUUUUGUUUGACUUAAUUACAGCACAUGUCAAGGUGGCAGACUGAACUGUGCUGGGAGUGCACCAAGUUUGUAUAAAGGUAAUUAAAAAUGCAUAUUGUAUAGGGCACGCACUACAGAGCAACAUUCAGAAUUGUUCCAGUUCAUAUUUGUUUUUUGUAAUUUGUGUUUUAUGUAACCCAGGUAAAACACAUAUAACACUUUUGCAGUAUUACAAAAAUAUAGUUUCAGAAGUCAUUUUAGACAUUUUAAAGAAUCAAGACAGAGUCCAUGACAAAAAGAAAAAUUCACUUUAAAAAUGUUGACAUGAAAACGCUGAUGUUUAAAUAGCAAACAUCAUAAAGCAAGGUAUAAAAAACUGCAUUCAAAAGGUCAGAGCGCCACCACAAGACAAUUAAUAUUGAUCUGUGUCUGUUAUGACACACAGCAGAGUUCCAGCCAGCCCUCAUGAACAGCAGAAUAAUCCAACUCAAAGCCUCUCUAACUCUAAUUCUAACCCGAAGUGUAACCCUAGUGGUGCAGUAAUGAUAAUUUGCUCUUUUCAACACAGGGCCAAAUUAGAGUCUCUUAACAGCAUUAACGGACACUAUAGUUACCAGAACCACUACAGCUUAAUGUACAAUAUACAGCUUAAUGUACGUUUACAGCUUAAUGUACAAUAUACAGCUUAAUGUACGUUUACAGCUUAAUUUACGAUAUACAGCUUAAUGUACGUUUACAGCUUAAUGUAUAGUAUACAGCCUUAUAUAUAGUAUACAGCUUAAUGUAUAGUAUACAGCUAAAUGUACAGUAUAUAGCUUAAUGUACGGUAUACAGCUUAAUGUACAGUAUACCGCUUAUUGUAUAGUAUACAGCCUAAUAUAUAGUAUACAGCUUAUUGUACAGUAUAUAGCUUAAUGUACGGUAUACAGCUUAAUGUACAGUAUACAGCUUAUUGUAUAGUAUACAGCCUAAUAUAUAGUAUACAGCUUAUUGUACAGUAUAUAGCUUAAUGUACGGUAUACAGCUUAAUGUACAGUAUACAGCUUAUUGUAUAGUACACAGCUUAAUGUACGAUAUAUAGCUUAAUGAACAUUUACAGCAUAAUACAGGAUAUACAGCUUAAUGAACGUUUACAGCCUAAUGUACGAUAUACAACUUAUUGUAUAGUAUACAGCUUAAUGCACAGUUACUCAGACGGCCACUAGAGGUGUUUUCUGGGCCAGUGCUGCUCAGUGUGCUGUGCAUGGAAACACUGAACACUCCCCAUAGUGAUGCAUUUAUUUAAAACUUGUCUACGAGGAGAUGCUGAUUGGUGCAGUGUGGCCGUUUGCUGCGCAUGUUUAAUAGCCUCCCAAAACAUUCCAAUGGGAAAGCAUUAGAUUAGAUUUAUUUCAGCCAUGGAUGUGGAAUCAGCCGUGGCGAGACCACCGCAGAAUUGGGAAAAAGGCGAGUAAAACCACCUUUUUACGACACAGAAUGGGGACCAGUAUUCUAAACGGCCACUUCAGCGCUAUAGUGUCAGGAAUACAUGUUUGUUAAGCUUUUAACACACUCCUUAGCCACUACUGAGUGAGAGAUUUCCUAAUUACACCAAAACAAUAUAAUUCUCUUCCUUUAUUACAGAAUGCCCUGAUAACAUGGUAUAUGUUGAUUGUGCCAAUGUAUCAAUGGGAGUCGAGUGUCAGAAAACAUGUCAGACAGUAGACUUGGAUUGUGUAAGUAAAUAUGCUUCAUAUAUGAAUAUAAUAUUUAUUAAGGAACAGCAAAAUAAAAACAAACACUGUUUUAGCGUUAACAUAUGUUUAAAAAUAAUGCAUAAAUAAAAACAUUAACUUAACUGCCGUCUCACCCUCCUUCCGGUGGGAAAUGUCAGAGUCAGAAAUCUGAUUUCAUGACUCAGAAAGGCAACACAUCAGAUUGUGCUGAUCCUACUGAAUAUAGACGGUUAGGAUGUAUUAGAAGUUUGUGAGUUGGGUAGAUAUUAGUACUUGGAGAAUAGACAUUUAGCCUGAGACCAGGCCGAAAACUUUUUGGGUUAAACUUGACAAGUUCUCAGCUAUGCUCAUCCAUGCUAAAUGUUUAGAACAAAUACAUUGGUGUAGGCAGAAAUGACCGGGGGUGGAUCCCAACCUGGGAACUGUCUCUCCGCGAGGUAGACAUCUGAGAGGCAUGACAUUAAAUGAAUUAAAAACAUUUCCAGUCUUUGCCAGUAAGUGUCACUCACACAUCUUCCAACAUGGAGUAGAUGAUAUCAAUGUAUUUUAUCAUUCGAUAUAAACUCAUGUUAAACUAUUUUUUUUUAUCUAUAGUUCAGCAUUCAAUGUGCCUCUGGCUGUGUCUGUACUGAUGGGCUGGUGCUCAAUAACAAUGGCAGCUGUGUGCCUAAAACAGAGUGUCCUUGUUUGUACAAUGGUGAAGUUUACCAUAGUGGGGAGAUUAUUCAACAAGACUGUAAUACAUGGUAAGCCACAAGAUAAUAUGCAUCCCUUAUAUUACAACAGUUGCAAUAUGCAGAAUGACCAGUAGACAUCAUCAUUACACCAACAUUUUAUCUAAACAACAACAUACACAAAGGAGGAGUAGUACGAGAUGAAUAUCACUCCAAAAGGAACAUAAUGACCUUUGAGAAUUGAUUUGUUUUGUCUUUUUAAACAAAAUUAUAAUUUAGCAUUAUUUUUGCUAUUACAUACUCCUGGAAUAAUUGUCGUAAAAAAACUGGAAAAAAAAAACUUUUUAAAUAUUUUUAAGAAAAUAUAAAUGUUAUGGAUUUGCUGUUUCAGUACCUGUAAAAGCAGGAAGUGGCAGUGUACAAAGAAAGAAUGCCAUAGGACCUGUGUGGUAUAUGGGGAAGGACACUACGUAACCUUUGAUGGAAAACGAUUCGAUUUCAGCGGUGACUGUGAAUAUACUGUGACUCAGGUAUGAAAAAAGACGAAUAUACCAUCAUGAUCUGAGUAUAUAACCAGGACACAGUUGAGUUCCCGUAGAACAAUAUGCACCAGGCAGAUGUUAGAAACACAGCCUCUCUAGUAUUUUACGCAAUUUAUUUUUUGUUACUGACUUGCAUUGCGGGCAAAAUUCUUUUUCAUUGUAGAAUGCCAUUUUCCUAUGUAACAAUUCAUUUCUAAAACAAAAAUUAAAAAACAACAACAGAGACAGAGUCCAUUUCUUUACAGCACCACAUUUAAUGUUGAUAUUUUAUGGCAUUUUCAUUUCUUCCUCCUUUAUCUUUAUUUUUCUUUUGAAAUGACUGAUAAUACAUGACGUGGUAUGGCCAUUCUCUUCCAGGAUUUUUGUGCUUCUAACUCAGGAAAUGGGACAUUCCGUGUGAUCACCGAGAAUAUUCCUUGUGGAACAACUGGGGCUACCUGUUCAAAGGCCAUCAAAGUGUUUUUGGGAGUAUGUACAAAGAAAUUAAGGGCUCUUUACAAUGCUUAAUGUAAAAAAUUAAAAAAAAAAAAGUUCAUACAACUUAGUGUCCCUCCAUAUAACUGUUUGAAAAGCCUCUUCCUAUCGUCCAAUAUAAACUCUCAUUGUCACACCAUUGAUUGCUCUCAUUAACUGAUUUUAAAAACUCUCUUGUCUCAAUAAAUCGCGCUACUGCAUGGUGCAAUCUUCGUAUUUUAUCGUAUAACUCAAGAUUAAUGUUCCCUUAAAUUGUUAUACAGUUCCUUGCAACUGUUCUCUAAGCCGCAUUUCUUUCUUUACAGAACUAUAUUUCUAUAACUAUAAAUAUAAAUGUUCUGAUCAAACUCAACUUAUUGCUCCAUAUAGUUUGUCCUCCCACAUGUUGUAUCAAACAAGUGUUGUUUGCUACAAAUAAUUGCUCUUCUUAAGGCCACAGCUCCAUGUAACCACUCUGUAUAAUUUAUUGCAUUGCUCUAUACGUCCUUUCCUUCUAAUCCCUCUUACAACUACAUAUCCUUAGUAUACAUCCUGAUAUAAGCAUUUCAUAUAACGUCAUGAUUAUGAAUAUCAACUGACUAAUAUUCCUUCAACUCUUCCUUUUGAAAAGUGACCCACCUCCUUGUAACCUACCUUCUCCCUAAAUGUACACAAAUCAACAUUUUUACUGAUACCUUCAUGUUAUAACCUAGAGACUUUCAAUGAUACCCAAUCAGCCAUAUUUAUAUGGGAUUAUAUCUGCUCAUUGGGUAUAUAUGGCCAUUUUUUGUAACACAAUAAAUGUAUCUUUAACGAUGGCAACAUCCAUUCCAUGUUCACCAUUUGACUUUUAUAUGUAAUAAUAUUUCAGAACUUUGAGCUGAAGCUGAGCGAAGGAGUCUUUGAAGUUGUGGAGAGAGACAGUGGAAGUGAUGUUCCUUACCAAAUCAGACAGAUGGGGAUCUACUUUGUAAUCGAGGCAAAGAAUGGACUCAUUCUCAUGUGGGACAAAAAAACUAGUAUCUUAAUUAAACUCAGCCCUGAAUUCAAGGUGAGUAGCAAUACAAUUCCAUCUGCCCCUCAUUACAUUUUUGUACAUGAUUUUCAAUACAAUUCCAACUACACCUAUUGGGGAGACCAAAGCUCUCUGCAGGGUUUCAAAUCACCGCAGACCAUUGCUAAGUAAAUUUGCUAUGCUCUAUACGGGUAAUACUAUUCAUACUAUUUGAUAGAUUUGGGUAGCAAAAAGUGAAAAUACAUAAUAGAAGAGAGGACGUUGAGGGAAUCAUAGCUCAUAAUGAAUGAACGUUAAAUAGCAAAUUCUACAGUGACACAUAAAGCCCAAGAUAAAUGGUCACAAAAACAGAUAUUCAAAUAGCUGAAUUGUUUUCAUUGUAAAAAAUAAUCUUACCAUCCUAUGCAUUGUUUUCUACCAGGGACAAGUUUGUGGUCUCUGUGGCAACUAUGAUGGCAGUGUGUCCAAUGAUUUUACCACAAGGAGUCUGUCAGUCGUGGUCAAUGUACAAGAGUUUGGGAACAGCUGGAAGGCAUCACCCAUCUGCCCAGAUGCACAACCUCUAAGAGACCCUUGUAUUACAAAUCCAUACAGAAGGACCUGGUCACAGAAACAUUGCAGCAUUAUUAUGAGCCCUGUCUUCUCUAAAUGUCAUGGCAAGGUUAGUCACCAAAACACACAAAACAUACAGAGUUUAAAGCACUUUACAGAGCAAUUAGCAAUUAUUCAGACAUUGCUGAGAUUAAACAACGUGAUGGCGUACAAUCAAAGUAGUCUGAUAAUGGCAUCUCAUCAGGUAUGGGUACACUGUUGGGCCAGAGGGGAAAAAGUGGAUGAACUGGGGAGUAAUGGGUUCAGAUGUGUUGGAUUGAGAUGGAAAGCUAUAGAAAACACUAUUUGAGGUUCAGGUACAGGUUUACGUGAAAGGAACCCUCAUAUUCUUUUAUUUAUUUAUUUUUAAUUAGAUGUACUCUUUUCAUUUAGAUCAUGGGCCCCAGCUUUGGUUUUAACUAAAAUAAACAUUAAAAGUACCUUAAACUUAGCUGAAAUCCAGUGCUGGGAAAGGUUUGUCAUAGUAGACACGCAGUCAUCAGUACUAAAAUAUGUAUUGCCAAGUGGACAUGUGCUCAUUAGGGUGUAGUGGCUUUGGUGCCCACCUGUGUAGGAGGUUUUUAACAGAUUCUUAAAAGAAAUAAUGGAAAGAGAGGUGCCUACUUGUAUAUAACCAGGAGAAUUGUUUUUUCACAAAAGCCUUUCCAGGGCACCAACAGCAUGUUCUAUGCUCGUAAAAUAGUUUUUAUUAUAUUAAUUUUCCAGGUUGAUCCCAGCCCAUUCAAUGAAGCAUGUGUCCAAGACACUUGUGCUUGUGACUCAGGAGGAGAUUGCGAGUGUUAUUGUACAGCUGUAGCAGCUUAUGCUGCAGCCUGUAAUGAAGCUGGAAUCUGUGUUGCAUGGAGGAGCCCCGACAUUUGCCGUAAGUUACACCCCAAAAAUGUUCCAACACCCCAAACUAUGGUUAUCACUAGAAAAUAACAUUUUAUGGGAAGUAAUAUCUAUAUGAGAUGGACGGAUACGAUGUAAAGGAAUAGUAUGUUGAAAAAUAUAUAUCAGUUUAUAAAGUUAGAGUGUUCUUAAUUUACUUCAAAUUAGAUUUAAAUGUAAAAAAGGUACUAAAAGCUAUAAAAUGUACUUCUAUUCCAGGGCCAGGACAGCUCCUUGCUGCAGCCUGAUUUUCAGAGAAUGAAGUCAUUAAUAUACAAAAUAGAAUAGGGGAUGAUCUGCUAAAUAUAGAUGAAAUGGAAAAACAUAGCCUAUGUUUGCAUAUCAAUGAAGUCAUUAAUUCUGAUGACUCUUGCCCAGUCAGAUGCUUUUCAUAGAGAAUCAUUGACGACACAUGGCAAAUGCUCAGUCAUCGCUGCUCUCUGCCAAUUCAAUGCUUCUCUAUAAUUUUAGCCACAAUAAGACUUAACUCUAGUGGCUAUCUAUCUGACAUGUUUUAGGCUAAAUGUAAACUGUUCUAGCAAACCACUACAUUGUCAGACAAGCAGGCGGCAUCUGUGUGCCCAAAACACUAUAUUAAGAUGUACUGGUUUUGAUGCUUAGAACGUCCCUUUAACAAACCAACAAGGAAUCAGCUGAUUGGCGAUAGUGAUAAAUUAAUUUAAUAUUUUCACAAAAUAUUCAAAGACCAGUUUGUAUCUUUGUUAUUGCAAUUGGCUUGCUCCCUAUAAAAUUAUUUUUACAAGAGAAAGAAGGAGCUAGAAAGAGAGAGGAAUGGAAUAAAUUUUGACCAGAAACCUUUUCAGUCCACCAGGAUAUCUCUCAUCUAACUCUCGGAGUAAUGACAUGGCUAUGGUCCUUUUUCUCUGAGAGUAUUUCAACGUUUAGAAUUUUGAGCUCUCGGUACCUAGAGGAAUUUAAUUUACUUUUGACCUUUUUUCCAGCCCUUUUCUGUGAUUACUACAACCCGGAAGGAGAAUGUGAGUGGCAUUACAAACCAUGCGGAUCUCCAUGCAUGAAGACUUGCAGAAAUCCAAGUGGGAAUUGCAUGAACCAACUGCCAGGUUUAGAAGGUAUCUAAAAAUCUAUGUGAGAGUUGUCACAAAUGACACGGUAUGUGUUGAUUGCAGUGAUCUUUUUAUGUGAUCCUUUUGUAUUUUAACUACUUUCACAGGCUGUUAUCCAAAAUGCCCUAAUUCCCGUCCUUUCUUCGAUGAGGAUAUCAUGAAGUGUGUUGCACAGGCAAACUGUGGAUGCUAUGAUGAUGAUGGCAAACGCUAUAACGUUGGAGACAUGGUGCCUUCAUACAAAAACUGUGAAUCUUGGUAA